AUGCUUUUACCUUCUUCUAAAACAUACAAUACUGCCAAUAAACUUUUUCAAAAUGCUCAAACAUUCACAAAUUCUCAGGAUUAUGCUCUAGUUAAAAAAAAAACUCAAAAAGAUGUGUAUAGUGAAUUAAAAAAUAUGACAAUAUAUUGUAACCAAGGUGGUGUUUAUAAUAACCUCUUGGGUUUUAGUAAAGAAACAAAUAAUAAAAAAAAAGCAUUAGUUCAUAAUGCUGAGCAUAAUCAUAGUCUCUCAGAAGAUAUGUUAGGACAUCCUAUUAUUCAUUAA